CAGUGAAACAGAUGAAAGGUAGUAAAAGGAAUUCAAUUACUAACACAUUGCAGACACAACCAAGGUCUAGCAGACAUAACUAAUAAGAUAACAUUUUCUUUUGAUAUGAAAAGGACGAUAUAGACGCAAGUCGUCAAGGAGGUCACCAUGGAUCAAGGGGACUUCUCACCACUGAAGCACUUUGUGGUUGCAAAAAAGAAGAUCAGCACAGUGUUUGAGAAGCUACUGGACUAUGUAAAAGAGGGCUCAGCGUUUGUAGAAGACACGUGUCGGAAUGAGGACUUGGCACAGAUUGCCAAUGAGGACCAACUGGCUCAGAUGCAGGCGUAUGCUGGGAAGCUGGCGGUGAUCAAAGACGUGCUAGCCCGUAGACAUAUGAAGGUUGCCUUCUUUGGCAGGACGAGCAAUGGAAAAAGCACGGUGAUCAAUGCCAUGCUGCGGGACCGGGUCCUGCCCAGUGGCAUCGGGCACACCACCAACUGCUUCUUGAGCGUGGAGGGCACUGACGAGGACAAGGCCUACCUCAUGACCGAGGGUUCGGAGGAGGAGAAGAACGUCAAGACGGUGAAUCAGCUGGCUCAUGCGCUACACAUGGAUGAGAGUCUGGAUGCAGGCUGUCUGGUGAAGGUCUUCUGGCCCAAGGCCAAAUGCGCCCUGCUGAGGGAUGAUCUUGUUCUCAUGGACAGCCCGGGGACUGAUGUCACAACACAGCUUGACAGCUGGAUUGACAAGUUCUGCCUGGAUGCUGACGUCUUUGUCCUCGUGGCUAACUCGGAAUCCACGCUGAUGAACACGGAGAAGCACUUCUUCCACAAGGUGAAUGAACGUCUUUCGAAGCCCAACAUUUUCAUCCUGAACAACCGGUGGGAUGCGUCUGCCUCAGAGCCCGAGUACAUGGACGAUGUGCGAAAGCAGCACACAGAUCGCUGUGUCAACUUCCUUGUGGAGGAGCUCAAAGUGGUGGACCGCGCGCAGGCGCCCAAUCGCAUUUUCUUCGUAUCUGCCAAAGAGGUGCUCAACUCUAGAAUGCAGCGCGCCCAGGGGAUGCCAGAGACCGGUGGUGCUUUGGCUGAAGGAUUCCACGAGAGACUGAAGGAGUUCCAGAGCUUUGAGAGAACAUUUGAGGAGUGUAUCUCGCAGUCAGCAGUGAAAACGAAGUUUGAGCAGCACACAAUCAGGGCAAAGCAGAUCACUGAGACUGUCAAAGCUAUCAUGGACUCCAUCAACAUCGCUGCCGCUGAAAAGAGGGUCCUUUCACUGGAGGACCGGGAGUACCAGAUGGACCGGCUGGACUUUGUCCGCAGUCAGCUUAAGCUGCUGACCGAGGACAUCAAGAAGAGGAUCAAGGCUGUCACGGAGCAGGUGGAGGCCAAGGUGUCCAAUGCUAUGGCAGAGGAGAUAUGCCGUGUCUCUGUGCUGAUAGAUGGGUUCCAGUCAGAUUUCCAUCCUUCCCCACAUGUGUUGAAACUCUACAAGUCUGAGCUGCUCACACACAUUGAGGAGGGCAUGGGGAAAAACCUGGCCUUCCGCUGCUCCAAUGGCAUCAAUGCGACCCUUCAGUCGUCCCAGAAAGACAUGAUAGACACUGUGCAGCCUCUGCUGCCCCCUGCUGUCCAGAGCCAGCUCCACCUGCUCAUCCCCUGCAGGAAGUUUGACCUCAGCUACGACCUCAACUGCGCAACCCUCUGCUCUGACUUCCAGGAGAACAUUGAGUUUCAGUUCUCCUUGGGCUGGACUGCACUGGUCAACCGCUUCCUGGGGCCUGCUAAUGCAAAGAGGGCUCUGAUGUUAAUGGAUAAGAACUUCCAGAUUCCUCAUCCUCUGCCCACCACCCCCACAACCCCCAUGGGGCCCCACCCCCAAGAGCCAGUGGUGUCCCAGGAGGAACUCAUGCUGUCCAUGGCCAAUGGACUGGCCUCACUCACCUCGCGGACCUCCAUGAGCAUGGUCGUUGUUGGAGGAGUGGUGUGGCGUACGGUGGGGUGGAGACUCAUUGCUCUGUCCAUGAGUCUGUAUGGGUUGCUCUACCUAUAUGAGAAGCUCACCUGGACCACCAAAGCCAAGGAACGGGCCUUCAAGCGGCAGUUCGUGGACUACGCCACAGAGAAGCUGCAGAUGAUUGUCAGCUUCACCAGUGCCAACUGCAGCCACCAGGUCCAGCAGGAGAUGGCCGCAACCUUUGCUCGGCUGUGCCAGCAGGUUGAUCUUACGCAGAAAGAGCUGGAGGGAGAGAUCAGCAGGCUGACCACCAAGAUCCAACAGCUGGAGGCUGUGCAGAGCCACUCCAAGGCCCUCAGACACAAAGCAACGGAGCUGGAAGCAGAGUUGGAGAGCUUCACAGCACAGUAUCUACAGCCACAGCAAUAGAAGUUUGGGGAGUCCUCCUGGCGCACACCUCAGUCAAAGUGCUGGGCAUCAGAUAACCAGCUAUUGUAGCCACACUAACUCUUCUUUUGACUGCUUAUGUGGGCAGUGAAUAAAAUAGGUCCCCCCUAUCCCAUAUCUUCCCAUGCGAUUUCACCCAACUCUUGUGAACAGUUGCCUGUUAAGAUAUGCCAACACCUCAGAUGUAAUACCUGGAUCUAUGUGUGAAUAUUUUAUAAUCCCUGCUGAUGACAGUAAAGAAGUGCUGUACAAUAUGUUGCAUUUACACCUGUGAAUAAGCCAUGAAAACACUUCACUAACUGAAGAUAUUUUUUUACAAGAGGUAAACAUCCCCUUGUAAAAAUUGAGGAUAUGAAAUAUGUCACUGAUUUUUCAUUGAAUGUAUUUUUUACUUUGCAAUCUGUAUUUCAAUAUUGUGGCUCUAUUACCUCCAUUGUGAAUGGUUUGUAAGAGGACAUAUUUGAAUUAAAAAAAUAUAUUUGAUCUGAGCAGUGGGGCUUUUUCCUGUUGAACUUGUCAUCCCAAAGAAACACUCAUUUUGCAAGUCUGGGGAAAAAGAAAAAAUGUUUUU